AUGGACCCUACCAUCCUUGAAGAGCUCGACAAGAGCUCCAACGACGUGUCCUUUCGCGCGCGUCCCAACCACGUCCACCACACAUGGGCCAAGACCUUCUACUCCCUGCCGGAGCUUUACAUCCAGCCCGAGUCCCUCGCCGAGAUCGAAAAGGUGGUGAACCUCGCGCGCAAAUGCCGCCGUCGCAUCGUGACCACCGGCUGCGGCCACUCGCCAUCCAACAUCACCUGCACCUCAAGCUGGCUGGUCAACCUCGACAACUACAACCGCAUCCUGUCCGUGGACAAGUCCUCGGGCCUGGCGGUCAUCCAGAGCGGCAUCCGCCUGUACGCCCUCUGCGAUGAGCUCGAGCGCCACGGCCUGGCCAUGCCGAACCUCGGCAGCAUCAACCAGCAGUCCAUCGCCGGCGCCAUCUCGACGGGCACCCACGGCAGCAGCCUCUUCCACGGGCUCAUGUCCGAAGACGUGCUGGCGCUGAAGAUCACCCUCGCCAACGGCAAGACCGAGAUAUGCUCGCACGAUGAGAACCCCGCGCUCUUCCGCGCCGCGCUGCUGUCGCUCGGCGCGCUCGGCAUCAUCACCGAAAUAACUUUCCGCGCCGUGCGCUCCUUCACCCUGCGGUGGACGCAGACCAUCGAUACAGACGUCAAGAUGCUGAACGCGUGGAAGAAGGACCUGUGGACGCAAAGCGAGUUCGUUCGCGUGUGGUGGUUCCCGUACACCAGGAGAGCAGUGGUCUGGAGGGCGGACAAGACGGACGAGAAACUUGUCGAGCCACCAAGGAGGAACUACGACGGCGCGUUGGGAUACUACGUUUACCACAACCUGCUAUACUUGGCGCAAUAUGUGCCGCGGAUCCUGCCUAUGGUUGAGUGGUUCGUCUUUGGCAUGCAAUACGGCUUCUCCAACGGCUCGACCAUAUCCGCCGUCCAACCCAGCCGCAAGGCCCUGCUCAUGAACUGCCUCUACUCCCAGUUCGUCAACGAGUGGGCCAUCCCGCUCGAACGGGGUCCCGAAGCCCUCCGCCGUCUAUCAUCGUGGCUAAACCACCUAACACCGUCGGACCCGGAUUACGUUCCCCACAAUAUCCCCUUCUCGGCCAAAGGCCUUUACGUUCACGCACCGGUCGAGGUGCGCGUGAGCGAUACGACCCUGACUUCCAACGUGCGGCCGUACCUCGACCCGACCUCCCCCGAUGGGCCGACGCUGUACCUCAUGGACCCGCCCUGCCGAGCGCGGUACUACGAGGCCUUUGAGUGGCUGAUGGAGGAUCUCGGGGGCAAGCCGCAUUGGGCCAAGAACUUUCUUGCGAGCGAGGCGGUGGAGGACUUUUACGGUAGGGAGCUGAGGGAGUGGCGGUCCGUGAGGAACGCGGCUGAUCCGGAGGGUAUGUUUGUCGGACAAUGGCAUCGCGAGAAGGUGCUUGGCAAGGGAGCUAGACUUGCGCUGGAAGAAGCUGAGUCUGGGAGGACACGGACAAAGGAUGGUGGUUUGAAAGUUGCGGGUGUUGUGGGGAAAAGGUAG